AUGAGACAGUUGCUGUCACCACCACUUUCGGUACCACCUGAUAUCAAUCAAUGGGCCUAUCCAGCAGACUGUUUCGCUACAACAACAACAACCGAGUAUGACACUGAAGAGGAAGCUGAAAUGGCAUUAGAGCGUCAUGGGAGAAAGAAGAAGCAUUUCAAAAAGACAUAUCAUCGCGAGAUGAUGAAGCCUCAAGUUUAUCUGGAUCAGCAAUCCAGUGUAGUGGAUGCUUCUGAAGAUCGAAAUGUCAAUGUGAUGAGCUUGCAAGAGGGUGAUACUGUCAUUGAAAAAGUGAGAGGAUCAGCUUGCCGCGAUGCAGAGGUAGCAACGACCUGGACAAACUUGGCAUUACCAUCUCCGUCCGUAGAGACGAUGGAAACACCAUUCCCAAAGGUCUUGCUGAAUGAUCAAGCAUACGUGGGCACUGUUGCGUCUGGUGCGUCUACUAUCAGACAUACAGUGCCGUGGACAGUUGGAUCAAUAGUUGCUGCUUGCUAUGCCAUCCUUUCUUAA